UUGAUGCAGGUGGGAGAUUGGGGCCGGAGGGGUCAGUACAAUCAGUCCCACGUGGCAGCAAUGAUGAGCCUGCAGGCCUCCCUUGUUGGACCUGAUUUUGUUGUCAGCGUUGGGGACAACUUCUAUCCAAGUGGCCUGUCGAGCCCAUCAGAUGAAGCUUUCAGCAAGUCCUUCUCAGAUGCAUACAGCGCCAAGUCACUGCAGGUGCCCUGGUACACAAUUCUGGGCAACCACGACUAUGGGGACAAAUGCUACGAUGAGCAGCCGGGCUGCUACCCCACAGGAGACCUGGAUUGGCGCUGGAAUUGUGAGAGGACUUUCCAGAUGCACCUGGCAGGCGGCGAUGUGGAGUUCUUCUUCAUAGACACCAGCCCCUUUGUGCAAAAGUACUAUUACACCCCCUGGGCCAACUUCACAGGCGAGCAGAGCUGGCAGCGCCAGCUGGCGCAGCUUGAGGUGAACCUGAUGACAUCACGUGCAAAGUGGAAGAUCGUGUUUGGGCACCACCCGCCGCGCUCCAACGGCCACCACAACAAUACUGUCGAGCUCAUAGAGCAUGUGGAGCCCCUGCUGCAGGCGGCAGGGGUGCAGGCGUACUUUGCAGGCCACGAUCACAAUCUGGAGCAUAUACACAUGCCGAGGCGGACUCCCCACUACAUCAUCAGCGGCGGGGGUUCAAAAACUGAGCGCCCCUUCGAAGGGAGGGAGGGGUCUCUGUUCCAGUGGCCGAGCAGCGGCUUUGUGUCUGUGAAGCUAUUUGAGGAGGAGAUUGCGGUGGAAUUCUUC